GGUACCUAAUCGUAGUAUCGAUUAAAAGUUAGGUACUUCCGGCCUACCGUAUGGUACUUUAGGUACUAUAAGGAAGCUGCGGACUGCUGCAAGCUCUAAUAAGUCGUUAUCCAUCAGUCGAUUUUAUGGCGAACCUCAAAAAUUUAUCGGCGACUUAUUGAUAAAUGAUAAAUGUGACGGCUUAAAGAAUAUACGCCAAUCCACCUCGACAAACAACAAACACUAGGUAACAAGAUUACUUAACGAAGUCAAUCCUGAUUAAAUACACCUGCGCAAAUACGUAUACAAAAUUAUGGCUAUAGACUACAGCCCGCGGACCGUCGCCGACGCCACGCGAUUUACGUCUAAUACCCCCCAUGCGAAAGCGAAAGCUUCAUCCCGCUCUCCUCCGUCGUCAAGCAGCUCUUCCACCUCCGCUACCUCGUCGCAGACAACCCAGAGAAGUAUGCCGCCGCCCGGCAUGCCCAGGCCUUCGGCGCCGGAGACCAUGGAAGAGCGCGUACGUCGGCUGCGGGCCGCACAUCUCGCAGCGAGGAAGCAUGAGACAUCGCGGUUUGACCGUGUUGUCGACGUGUCUAGGAGGUACUUUGAUGCCGCUCACAAAUUUACUGUUUUGGGUUUGAUCGGAUUUAGUGGCCUUGCACUCUUCGUCACAGUCUACGCAACAGCCGAUAUGAUGGUACAUAACCGCAAGCGCCGGAACGAGUUUUUUGCUCUUCAGAAGCAGCUUAGAACCGACAGUCUGGAAGCUGCACGUCUGGCGUACAUAACGGGUACAGCAUCCGAGGAACAAGUUAGGCUUGUAGAAGAAGCCGAGGAAAAAGCUAGACAGUCAGGCAUAAACUUACCACCCUUGCUAUCUUCACCCAAGCCAAUUGCUUCGGAAUCGGGCGCAAUUGAGAGUACGGAGAGAAGCGCCUGGCCGGGAGAGUCUAUGACCGAGAGUAGUAUGUCCGCUGCGAACGAGGUGGAGCAGCCUAAGAAGAAGAAGGGGCUCACUUCGUGGUUAUUCGGCGGGUUAAAGAAUGAAGAGGCUAGCGAGGAGCCCUUACAAUUCGACAAAGAAGCCGCGGCGGCAUCGGGUCUGUCUUCGCGGUCGAGUAUCGCUGGUGCGGUUGACGGGUCGCAACAGGCGUUAAAGGACAAGGCGAAGGCAGCAUUCGAUCAGGAGCGGGAGAAUCAAAGGAAUGGAGGACUUCUAGAUCAGGUCGGUUCGAACGGGAAGUCGACCAGUAAUGAAACCAAGAAGAGCGGGUGGUGGUAGUGAGCCUGACAGAAAC